AUGUGUCUAUACAAGAACUCCAACGCCUUUGUCAUUCGUCUAAUAUGGCGAGCGGCAAUGCUACAUGCCAGAUGGCACGAGACCAAGCAAAGUCCAAACCCACCUACCAACCGCAUGGCCUUGCAAGAACUCCUACAGAGCGCACUCGAACUGGAAAGCGACUACGAAGCUUGGGAGGCAAACGUCACACCAGCAUGGAAUUAUCAUAUGACACCCAACACACCGGAGGCUCGGUCGACUUACGACGCCAAGUUACAGAAGCUCUUCUUGGGGUGUCCGGGCGCACCGGAAGAGAUUCACAUAUACCCGAGCUUGAAACGCGUCUGGAUCUGGGGCUUCUACCGUACGAGCCGCAUACUUGUUCUACGUGAUCUGCUCGAGAUGUUGAAUUGGAUGUUGAGAUUCCGGGACCCUUGCCUAUCUUUCCGUCCUCAAGAAGCCCCGGGUCAGUCUAUGCCUACUGCUCUGAGUACCGCAAACCUCCGCAUGCAUCACUCGGUCGCUACCGCUCGCCUGGUUGAGGUCAUUGAGAAGAACUGUUCCUCCAUCCUUGGCAGCUUUACUGUACCGAUAGAUACGAAAUCUGCUACCGACAUAUGUGGUAUGCGGGGCUAUAUCUGCAUAUGGCCCCUGGGUACAAUGGAUUCAGUACUCAGCUCAGGACUUGUGCCGGAUAGCAAUGCAGGCAAGCAACCGCACAGCGCUACUCACCUGCCAACACCACCGCCAGUUCACUCGCAACCACAUCUGGCCACACCCACUUCCAUCGCGUCUUCCUCAAGCGAGCCGUCGACGGCCCUGGAAUCCUACGAGGCAGCACCGGCAUUUUCCGAACUCCGCAACAUUCGGACCAAGUCAGAAAGCGGCCAAUCCCCUGGCGCGAGUCCGCCAUCGAACACCCCGCUCUUGGACCAAAAUGCGAAGAAGAAUCACAUCUUUGACCCCAACCCUGCACACCCGUACGAUCACCCGCUAGACCUACCUCCUCUGGAUCAUGGAGUUGAGCCCAGGAGAAUAGACAUUGCAGCACGGCGAGAAUGGAUAAACCGGCUGAUGUACUACAUGGCCACAGAACUGGGGCUGAAGAAGGCGCUCUGGUGCCCAGUCAUGCAAGGCUACAUGCCCACCGUGAAACCCAUGGUUGAUGAGAUUCUCAGUCAAGAAAGAGGUUUCUAA